CGCAGAAAGCAUACAUGUUGGAUUGGCCUAGCAAGCAAGUCAAGCUUCCUCCUUUGUGUUCAAAGCUCUCCAGACAAUCUCCCGACGGCAUCUUGUGGCGAGUUGUCUCUUUGCUCAUCCCAAGCGUGGAGUUGCUACAGGGCCGAGCGACGGAUCGCGUCCAAAGAAAAGAAGGUUACAGGUUACAGGUUCAUCCACUGCAGUGCCCAGUACUCUCCAAUCACCAGUAGACCCAACGAUAUACCGGCAACAUUUCAGCUGCAUUACAGCAACAGCACUAGUUUGUAUUCUGCAUAGUAGCUGCCGUGCAGACUAACCAGUAUCAUACAGUGUUGAAGUUCACAGCCAGCCGAUUCCAAGAUGAGUGCCAGCGGCGGUGUUGCUUCUAGCUCUGGUUCCAGUGCCGCCGCCACGGCAGCCACCGCGCGGAGCAGCUCUGGCGGUUCAGCUAGCACUGGCCGAUCGUCUCGCCCCUCGCCGGUCAACAGCACUCUACAGCGCAGGUUGCAGAAGGAGCUCGCCGAAAUCCUGUCCGACCCGCCACCGAACUGCAGUGCAUCGCUAGUUGGUGACAAACUGACAGACUGGAUAGCAACGAUCAUGGGACCUUCAGACUCUGUCUACGAUAGCGGCGUGUUUUUCCUGAAGAUACACUUCCCGACAAACUACCCGUUUGAACCACCAAAGGUUGUGUUCAAGACCAGAAUCUAUCACUGCAACAUCAACAGUCAGGGUGAGAUCUGCCUUGACGUGCUGAAGGACACGUGGAGUCCUGCCAUGACAAUCCGCACAGUUCUUCUCUCCGUCUGCUCUCUUCUCACUGACUGCAAUCCAGAUGACCCUUUAGUCGCUGGCAUUGCGCGCCAGUAUCUGCAAGAUCGCAGCGAGCAUGACCGUAUGGCCAAGGACUGGACAAGACGCUUUGCACGGUGAUCACACAGCUGCUGUCAAGUUUUACCAGCACCGCUGUGCUCUCCUGCUCCGGACAGCCCAGUAAGAAGUUUGAAAAUUCCUGGUGUGAUUAUAGCAACAAAAAAAGUGUUCUAUCCAGCUGAUGAUAUACUAUGUGACAGCAACCUGCUUCCUUUCUCUCUCUGCCAGCCCGGCAUCCUUUUAGUGCUUCAAGUUGUCGACAGCCGUGUCAAUAUCGGUGCAAAAGUAUUUGAAAUGUGUGUAUGUGUGUGUGCGUGUGUGCAGGCACGCGUGUGUGAUGUGAUAUCAUGUAGCACAGCGCGUGACCAUACGCGGUGAGUUUGUGAUCUCUUUUUUAUUUUCAUCGUUGAUGUUGGGUGCCGUGUUGAGUUGCUUUUCUUUGCUAUAUUAUAUUAAUGCAUGCGGCCUUGUCACCUGCAAUCACGCAGUGUUCACCCACCCCUACUAGCCUUGGUGCAACACCAUAGUCACCAUGGCCCAGUCAGUACUACUACUUAGAAUCCAUCACCCCACACACCAUCAGCUCAGUUCUAACCCACAGCCGUUCAGAAUCCACACUGUACACUUCCCAGGUCAUGGACCUACUCUAGGCAGCCAGCCAACGGAUACCACCUAAUACUAGCCGUGAUCUCUGGUUUAUCCACCCACUCACAACGUGCCCACAAUUUGGUGUGAUAACAGAUAGCGCUUCACGCUUCACACUCUUCUUCGCAAUGUCUACCUCCGUGUUGGUAUUCACAUGUCUAUGGGCGGAUUGUAUUGUACUUGUAUAGCACAUUGAUUUUGUUGUGCUUUUGUUUUUUAUUUAUACUUCUUAAAAGUGUUGCGUGCCAGAGCUUAGCGCUUCCACAGAAAUACAGAAAAGUGUUGUGUUGUGUUUCUCAGCUUAUCAAAUGCCCGUUGCUUCAGGAGCUAUCCUUUUUAUCACAUAAUUAUUGAAGAUUGCCUACAGAUAAUUAUACAGAACAUUUUUGUGGCACUAUCUCUUUCAAGUUUUUGUUUCUAAAACUAAUCAACAACAGGAUGA